ACUUUACUGCAAGGCUCACCAGGAAGGACCAGGUUCUCUCCAUUGGAAGCCACCUCUGGACAGCCCCUGAGAAGAAGAGGAUCUUGGGUGGUUUGCUUCCUUGGAUCCCCCCCCCCAAAGGCAUCUGUCGUGGGGCCCUAGGAGCUGGUGGAAAUGCAGGGAGUUCCAGAGACUUCAGGGCAGUCAGGGACCAAGACGAAGACUGAAGGAAUCCCUGAGAUCAAAGUUGUUACAGUCGGAGACGGAGGCUGUGGAAAGACGUCGCUGCUCAUGGUCUUCGCAAAAGGAGAGUUCCCUAAGGUUUAUGUCCCAACAGUGUUUGAGAAGUAUUCGGCUCCCUUUCAGUUUGGUGACAAGCAAGUGCAUAUUAAUCUUUGGGAUACAGCAGGACAAGAUGAUUAUGACAGGCUCCGGCCCCUCUCUUAUAGUGGGACUCAUGUCGUUAUCAUGUGCUAUGAUGUUACCAACCCAUCCAGCUUUGACAAUAUUCUAAUAAAGUGGCAUCCUGAAGUGAAUCAUUUCUGCAGGGGGAUUCCCAUCCUACUGGUUGGCUGCAAGACAGAUCUAAGGAAGGACAAGAUUCAGCUAAGGAAGCUACAUCAUGACAAUCUAGAGCCCAUCACAUACCAGGAGGGAGAGGCAUUAGCUCAGCGUCUCCAUGCGGUUGCCUACCUGGAGUGCUCAGCCCGCUUGCAUGAGAAUAUUGUAGACAUCUUUACAGAAGCCUCCAAAGCAGCCUUGAGCACCCUGAAGAAACAGCGCCGCCAUAAACACAAGAGGACUUGCCUGCUUUCCUGAUCACCCACAUGACCUGGUCUCAGCUCUGCCCUGUGGGAAGAAAUCUCUUUAAAUAUAUUUGUACAGCCAAGUGAAGCCAAUGGGACACUUCCUUAGCUGGUGCAGAUCAGCAUGCAAGCAGAUGGGCUGUACGAGAUUGCAGCAGCUGAAAAUUAGACCUUUCAGAUCUAGUGACUUGGUAUCCGCCUAUAGCAGCCGAGCAAGAGAUCACAGGUCUCAUGGGAAUCUGCAAAUAAUCUGGUCUCUUAACUCAAACGAACAAUGUCUCUGGAAUCAAGUGAAGACCCACUCAGAUAUUCCAGCCAUGUCAGGCUACACUCACCAACCCAAAUGCAGCUUUUGGCAACUAAGUAGUCCCCCGUCUGCUUGAGACUGCGAAAAGAACUGUCAAGCAAUUGGGGUGGAACUGUACAUGUUUGGUGGGCUGCAUCCACCUUGAUGAAUCACAAAGGUAUCAGGAUAGGGCUAUACCAACUCCUGAAAAAAGGACUACCUUCCUUCCAGA